AUGGCGGUACACAUCGCUGCUGUGCUGGAGUGUAAAGGAGAUGUAUCUGGCCAGACAGUCAGAGGCAUCAAAGCCCAUGGAAAAACGGAUAUAUAUUUAUUCAUCAUUUUGUUUUUACAACCAUAUAUUUUAAUUGUGACCUUGAAUGCUUGCUUGAUUUACAUCGUUUGUAAAAACAGAAGCCUACAUGAACCUAUGUACAUUUUCAUUGCCAAUUUGUCAGUUAAUGGAAUCUAUGGAGGCACUGCGUUGCUGCCACAUACGUUGAGUAAGCUUGCCACACAGUCUUACGACAUCUCUUUAGCCAAGUGUUUAAGUCAGGUACGCCUCAAGAGAACACAAGUGAGAUAUGGACUGUCUCUUUUUCUGUCUGUUUAUCUCUUGAUUAUGCCUCCACUGCUAAAUCCUGUGGUAUAUGGUUCUACUGCACUUAAAAACCAUAUUGUGAUAUUGAUUAAGAGGGCAAAGCUCUCCCCAAUUUCAUAA